AUGGAGGAUCGAUCAUUACCAUGGGAUGCUUUGGAGGGCGAUGAUUGCGACGAAAAGAAACCGCCAAUGCUGAAAGCUUCAAGCGGUCGCGGCGACAGAGAAAUGGAUGACGAUCGGCGCUACGCAAUGCUUCUUCAAGAAAACACGGACCUGAAGAAAGAAAAGAAACUACUAGAAGCUGAAAAAUUCCAACUUGUGCUGGAUUGCGACGAGGUGAAGGUAGAAUUCCAGCAAUUCGUCAACAAUAUUCAUCCUCUUCGCGAUUGUCAACAGGGUCCCGAUGUUGGGGAACCUUUAAUGCCGUAUGAAAUCGCGGCUUUCAAGCGCGAUCCGGUGAAGUUUGCUGAUUUGGAUCCAGAGCUGCGGGAACCGCUUGUGCGAGAAACAAAAUGGAGAAUCGAGGAUGCAAAAUUGCGCGGGCACGCUUUAAGUUUUCUUCAGGACAAACGCGAAGAUAAAAACAAGGGCCCAGAAUUUGAACCAGAAGCUCGAAAACUGGCAGAGAAGAUGAUACGAGCAAGUUUUGAGGCGCACAAGGACUUUGUUCCGACUAGAGACGAGCCGAAGCCACUGCCGAACACUCCCGUGAUCGCUUCCUGCACGCUUCCGCUCGAGUCCGGAGAAGCGCAUUUUACCAUAACGUUGACCGAUGACAUAAGGGCCUUGGAAAGAGGAUUUGAAGAAGUCACGAUUGAACGGGAAAUGAUCGUCGUCGUGAAGGAAGAAGAUGGUCAAUUCAACGAAGUCGAAAGUGCCGGUGAAGGAUUCGAAGACAAAGAUGCUGCUUUGUUCGGACGCCAAGAGGAUCCAUGGAGGGGACAAGUGCAGACGGGCCGUUUUUCGUACGGAGCACAAACGGAGACUGGUCGUGGGGGUUCACGAGGAAGAGUACGCGAGCGUGGUCGUGGCCCAAGCCGAGGAGGUGCACGGCGAAAGAACACAAAAGACAUCGGAUUUACUCUACCCGACUACAUAAGCAAGAGCGUGGAAGAACAUGGCCGAUCGACGGCACCGAAGCGCGCACGGUAUGGAACUGCAACCACGGUCGAUCUUGCACACGUCACUCACUCACCCAUCGAUGCGCACUUCGGCGAUCUACAAGUCCGCUAUCGUGAAGCUGGUCCUGAAACGCGUGCCUCGACGGUGUAUAAGUCAUUGCAAUCAACGCAUCAGUCAGAAUUAGCACAAAUCAAACGAAAGAGAAGGCACUUGACUAGCAUUCAGACAUCUCAAGGAAGCGCCAGUGUCGGGCUGAUGAAUCAAAUCACCAGCGCUCAACAAUCAGAAGAAUCAACAAGUGAGACGAUGGGGAAUGUAAAGGAGGAGGCUGCCGGAAAUGGAAAUUUCGUCAACAUUGGUGAGUACACCUGUACGGGCUCGAAGACCGAUGUGCACGAGGCGCGUCUCUCGUUUUUCUCGGGUCACUCGGCGAUCUCCGUCUACACGGCUUUCUACGCCAUUCUCUACCUUCAGGCGAAACUUGGGCGUUUUGAGCCGACAAAAAUUUUCGUCAGUCUCGUGCAAACGAUUUUACUUUGUGCAGCUUUGGUGAUUUGCUAUACUCGAAUCACAGACAAUUGGCAUCAUUGGAGCGACGUGCUUGUCGGGAUCAUCGUCGGCAUUCUUGUCGCUAUUUGGACGGCUUUAUUCUGGGCUCGUCUUUUUGAGCGAACAGCGCAUUUCCGAGAU